AUGUCUUCCUAUACUCCACAGACAAAUUUGUCGCUUGAACGGUCUCGUCUCAUUGGAAUGGUGCUGGGGGGUGUAUCCUACGGGGUAUACCUUCUGCUUACAGUCCAAGCCGUGAUUGCUCUCAUGCAACGUCCCCGUAAUGGGGAGAAAAUUGCAAAUAAUCGUCAUGUGCUUCUUUGUUACACACUGAUCACGUUUACGUUGAUGACGAUAAGCUUUGCUUGCAACACAAAAUAUACGGAGAUGAUUUGGAUAGACCUUCGUGAUGCACCUGGUGGUCCCGUCGCGCUGAUCGUGAACGUAAUGCAGUACCGUAUCAACUUUCUGGCGAUAGUGUGUGGUUACGUCUCGGAGUGCUUGAUGCAAGCCCUACUUCUUUACCGAUGUUUUGUGAUAUGGAACUGGGCGAGACGCGUGAUGGUCCCCAUGGUCGCCAUCUAUAUUGGCAUGAUUGGAUCAGCCAUUUUCGUCUUGGUCCAGGCGGGUACCGGGGCCCAAUAUUACAAAAUCAACGCCACACUUGCAUUCCUCGCCUUCCAAGUGGCGCACACCAUACUUUAUACCAUUCUCGUGGCGAAAUGUUUGCUCAACGUACGAAGCCAGAUGAAGCAGGCAUUGAAUGAAUAUGAUUCUAGCACCUACGAUGCCAUCAUCCGCAUGGUCGUCGAGUCCGCCAUGGGAUUCAGUGUCUUCAUCAUAAUCUUCAUUGUUGCAUUUGCUGUGCAUUCAUACGCUCUCUCCACUAUAUGCUUCCUGUCUACAAUCCAAGUUCAGGGCAUUACGCAAUUAUUCAUCAUCAUACGUGUGGCACGGGGAAGGGCAGUUACACAUGAGUGGUCGACCCGAGUUACUGCAGCACCUACGACUCUAGCAUUCGCAGGGACUAUAUCGAACGCAUCAGAAGGAACCGGCAAUAUUGUACGAGAAGUUAGGCCAGAUCAGGACAGUGUUGAGUCGUAUUCUGUUUCGGCGAAGUUGGCGGAAGCAUAA